UUGGCAGCUUAAAUUUAUAUUUAAGUUGGUGACCAAUUUAAUUAUAAUCUCAUUGGCAAAUUCCUCUACAGUACCCAUGGGUACUCCAUUAACACCAAUCUCCUCAGUGGUCAAUACUCUACCCACAACUAUACAAACUAAACUAGAUCCUAUAAAUGGUACAAAAAACUAUCGUAUAUAUGGUGGAAAGAAGGGCAAGGAAGAAAAGCAUUGGCUUGAUGGACGUAUGGGUAUGCAACAUAUUCAAUGUGUACGCAAAGGAAAUUGUGAAAAAUUAAAUUACUCCACAUGCCUGGGAGCUAAGAUACCCUAUGAAUACACAAGUUUGGAUUUGACCAUAUCACACAGUCAGUGGGAUGUACAAGAGCGUUUACACAAGUAUAUGACUUUAAAACAUGUGCCAAAAUGCUGGUCUGUAAUACAGCCCUUUUUAUGUGCCGUUUUCACUCCCAAAUGUGAGCAUAUUAAUGGUGAAGAUAUGGUGUAUUUACCUUCAUUAGAAAUGUGUCGCAUUACUUUGGAACCCUGUCGUAUUUUAUAUAAUACCUCAUAUUUUCCCGAGUUUUUGAAGUGCAACGAAACACAUUUCCCCUCAAAGUGCAACAAUGAUGUUAGAGAAAUGAAGUUUAAUUUAACGGGACAGUGUUUAGAGCCGUUGGUACCAGCUGAAUCAAGUGCUAGCUACCAUCCGGGCAUAGAAGGUUGUGGGGUACGCUGUAAGGAUCCAUUAUACACGGAUGAUGAACAUCGGCAAAUACAUAAACUAGUUGGUUGGGGUGCUACCUUGUGCUUGUUAUCGAAUCUAUUUGUGGUUGCUACUUUCAUCAUAGAUUGGGAAAAUGCCAGCAAAUAUCCUGCUCUGAUUGUAUUCUAUAUAAAUAUGUGUUUUAUGAUUGCCUGUUUGGGCUGGCUAGCUCAAUUUACACCAGGCUCUCGAGAAGACAUCGUAUGUCGCAAAGAUGGUACCUUGAGACACUCUGAACCUACGGCCGGCGAAAAUCUCUCUUGUGUAGUAAUUUUUGUUAUCGUUUAUUACUUUCUUAUUGCUGCUAUGGUUUGGUUUAUUUUCCUUACAUACGCCUGGCAUUUAAGAGCAGUUGGCAAUGUACAAGAUCGCAUUGAUAAGAAAGGUUCGUACUUCCAUUUAGUAGCCUGGUCUUUACCCUUAGUGCUGACCAUUACGACAUUGGCUUUAAGUGAAGUGGAUGGCAACAGUACGGUUGGUAUUUGUUUUGUGGGUUAUCUCAAUCAUUCGAUAAGAGCCGGCCUGCUGUUGGGCCCUUUGUUGGGUGUGAUAUUGGUGGGUGGGUAUUUCAUAAUACGCGGUAUGAUUAUGCUGUUUGGCUUGAAACAUUUUGCCAAUGACAUUAAAUCAACAUCGGCCAGCAAUAAAAUUCAUUUAAUAAUAGUACGCAUGGGUUUGUGUGCAUUAUUUUCGUUGGUUUUUAUACUGGUAGCCAUGGCCUGUCAUGCUUAUGAAUUUCGACGUUCCCAUGAAUGGGCGGAGAGUUUGAAGGAUUUUAUAAUCUGUCGCAUUUUUUCAUCCUUUGAGGAACACAUCAAAUGUAAGAUAGAAAGUCGUCCUAGUGUUUCCAUAUUGCAGCUACAUCUACUCUGUCUGUUUGGAGCAGGCAUUGUCAUGUCUACUUGGUGUUGGACACACAGUUCGGUGGAGACUUGGAAACGUUAUUUAAGAAAAAAGUGUGGCAAAGAUAUCAAUGAAGAAGUAAAAAUGCCGAAACACAAAGUCAUCGCUCAAACCUGGGCUAAACGCAAAGAAUUCGAGGAUAAAGGGAGGCUCUCUAUAACCCUUUAUAAUACUCAUACCGAUCCAGUGGGUUUAAACUUUGAUGUCAACGACUUGAACUCUUCAGAAACCAAUGAGAUCAGUUCAACUUGGGCCAAUUAUUUGCCGCAAUUUGUUAAAAGGCGCAUGGCUUUAACUGGUGCCACUGGGGCUACAAAUAGUUCGAGUCAGGGGCCACGCAAAAACUCUGUAGAUUCUGAGAUAAGUUUUAGUGUAAGACACGUUUCCGUAGAAUCGCGCAGAAAUUCUGUAGACUCUCAAGUUUCGGUGAAAAUUCAGGAAAUGAAAACUAAAGUGGCGUCCAGAUCUAGAUCUGGUCAUCAUCACCACCAUCAUCACUCAAAACAUUCGGCUGCUUCUGGCAAAAGAUCACAAAGAAGAAGGGAUUUUAUAACAGCUACUGGUCGCAAGUAUAGUGGCAGACGGGAAAGUAGUACAUCUAUAGAAUCUCAAGUAAUUGCCCUCAAGAAAACUACCUAUCCAAAUGCUAGUCAUAAAGUUGGCCUUUUUGCUCAGAGUACCAAAAAACAUAAUUCCUCCAAAAGACGUUCGGCCAAUGCCGGUUUAGAUCCAGCAGAUAUUACAGAAUUUUUAGCCAAAAAUGGCCAACUAAUAAUACCAUUUUUACAAAAUCAAGGCAUGACUACCACUUCAGACGAAGAAACCUCUAGGGCUUCCUUUAAAAUACAAGAUUCUCGUUUAGAUGUGGUGCUAAAACAAGAUCUAAGUGACGAUGAUGAGGAGCAGGAUUAUGGUCCAAGAAUUGAAGAAAUCAAUGAUUUAAGUGAGAAUAAAACAAAAAAACAGGCAGCCUAUGAAAAUUUACUGAAAAAUAUGCAAAAAUCUAAUGAUUCGGGCAACAAUAGAAAUUCUCGCAAUUCUUCGCGCAGCAAACAAUCGAGAAAAUCUCAAGUUGGCUGCAACUCCAGCCACAAAAAAUCUCUAAGACGUCAUAAUAACUCCAGUUUAAACGCACAAAAACACAAGCCAUCCUCCAACUCCAAAUAUGAACUGGACAUAAGAAAUACCUCCGAUUUGAAUUUACACUUAAAACGCGAACUUUCUAUAGCUGCUCAAAAUGACAAUAACAGUAUAUCGGAAGAUUCCUAUUCAUCGGUAGAAUUAGAUUUGCCACUCAAUAUCAUGUUGCACAGCUCCUAUUCGGGCAUUUCGACGGGCAAACCAAAUUCUCGCAACAGCAAAACCAGCUGUGAUGUGGGCAUACAAGCCAAUGCCUUCGAUAUAGUCACACAAACUUUACAAUCCUCUUAUGGUGAGGGGGAAUUUGACAAAUGUAUGCGUCAAUUAAAAAGAAAAAGUCAACAUCGUAAAAGCAAUCUUUAUAACAAUGAUGAUGACGAUGAUGAAAAAGAAACCUACGAAAUGCAUUCAUUAUUGGGUGGUAAGUAUAAGGAAUCAGCCAUGAUAAUGAGUGAAGCGGACAAAUUAAAAAUGCUUUUAUUACCGUCUAAAUAGAAACUGCCUGAUUUUUAUACCCUUCACCAUGAUUAGCAAAGGGUAUAUAUACGUUUUUUAUUCCAUUUAUAAUUUCUACAUUUUUCAUUCUGGAUCGUUAUAGA